ACCGUUUUUGAAUAUAUAUAGAAUGUAGAUCGCGAGCUCCUGAACUGUGACUUCUUUACAGUGCAAAUAUGAACAUGGAUAAAUGUACUCAUUUAAUUCAGCUUUUGAUAGUUUUCGGAGGUCUAGUACUAAUAGACGGACAGUAUCUUCCUGGAAGAGGAUAUGGACGAAGACGAAUAUUCGGUCCUCGACGUAGGAUUUAUCCAAGAUACCCAGACCCUUAUGACCCUCUACAUAUCAGGGAUCCGUAUCCUUCUAUUCCCGCACUGAGGCGGCCUUUCAUAAGAGAACCUUACAUUGAAGAUACAGUGCCUGUUGUUGGAAUACGGCGGCCAAAUAUUGUGAGAGACAGUUCUAGUGAUAGACGUCAAGAUAUUAAUGUAGUGAACACCAACAACAAUGUAGAAGUUAAUAGAGGAUCGAAUAAUGUCGAUGUGAGUCAGACAAUCAGGCGUACAUGCAAUCCAUCGUGCGGACCUUAUUCUACAUGUACAGGAGGAGUGUGCCGCCCAAGCUUGGGAAUGAUGGGUGGAAUCGGGGAUGCAGGACUUUUUAUAUAACUGUUCAUAAAAUGGUGAUAUAGAGAUAACUUAUAAAUUAAUAUUUUAAUGUUGUAAACCGGCUCUAAUUCUCAUGUAGCAUAGGGAACUUUAGUAAACCGUGGACUAUUACAAAUAACUAGCAACUGAAUUUAGAGUUCCAUUUAACUAACUUUAAAGGGAAUAUCGUUUUCUACUUUUCAUCAUAUCCGCAAGGUCAAAAGUAUCACAACAAUAUCGUGCACUUUUAUAUAUUUAGAUGCAUACUGUAUGUGAAUGAAUUACAACAAAACUAAAUGCUUCUAUCAGUUCAGUUUCUAUUAUGUUAAGAAUUUAUAUUUUAUGUUUUGUUUUUGCAUAGAUUAUCUUGACAAUAUUUGAGUACUUUGUAUAAUACUUCUGUGUUUGUUUCUACUCCUCCUGCUCAGAUUACUGUAAUAAUAAAUAUUUGUUCUGUUA